AUGUCGGAGAAUCAUGUUAAUGGCACGUCCCUGCCUUCCGAAUCGGAAAUUUUGCAUGAAGAAAAUAGUGAUCAUAUAUCAAAAGUCGAUCUGACCCAAAAUAAUGAAUUAGCCCAUGAAUCACAUGAUGUUAAUGAAAUCGAAUCUUCUACACCUUUAGUUACUCAACCACUAGAAGAAAGGGGGGAUGUGAUAUCUGAAGAAGUCAUUGAAAAUGAAGUCAUUCCUGAGACUGCUGAUAAUAACCUUCCAACUUUGAUAGGAGAGAAAUUGUCUGGUGAAGUUAGGACUGAAUUAGGGUUAGAGUUUAAUCCAAGAAAUGAGUUGUUUACACCUGAUCAAGAGAAAUUGAAUAAAUCCCCAUCUCCGUGGGGUGAUGAACCUGAAGCUUUGCCAUGGGAAGAACAAGCUCCUGUGGAGAAUCAUGAUAAUCACGUCGCUCGCCCAGCAGAAGAAAUAGUGGAAGAGCUUCCAAUUCAAGAGCCUGUAACGGAAGAGGUUGUAUCUGGAGAACCUCCAAUUCAAGAUACUGAUAAUCAAGUUAAGGAUGUUCAAAUACCAGUUGAGGAACCUGUGGAAUCAGAUACACUCGCUCAAAAUGAAACUGUAGUCCACCAACCAGUGGCAGUUAAGUCUUCAUUACCUUGGGAAGAAGAAUCAGGAUUACCUCAAGAGCAGAAACCUUCUUUACCAUGGGAAACUAGCCAGGAUAAUGAAGUUUUACCAUGGGAAGAACCUAAACCUGAAGUCAAAGACCCAGUUGUAACUGUUGCUGACUCCGUGACGGAACCUGUGCUGGGAAUUGAACCACAACCAAUGGUAGAAGAUCCUAUUGAAAAACCAGUACCACAUCCCGUCUCACAAGAACCAGUACAAUCUGAUACAGAUUUCUUUGACCAAUUAUCACAACCUGCUGCACAUGCUCAACCGGUUGAACCAGCCCCUGUUGAACCAGAACAUGUUGAACCAGAACCUGUUCAGACCCAAGAGCAACCAGUAGAAUCCAUCACUAACCAAGUAGAUCAAUUAAACUUAAAUGAUGAUGAUGAUGAUUUUUUUAACAACUUGAAUCGUGCUAAUGAGAGUGAUGUUCUCGAAGAACCAGACAUUUCGACUGAACCAGCAUUCAAUAAUGUUGAUGAAUUAGAAGAAUCUGAUGAUGAACAAUCUGAACAUCCAGAAAAACAGCCUACGUCAAUUUUAUCUACUGACUCCAUCGCCGAAUCCAAAAAAUCAACCUCAAAACUCAGUGAUUUAUUGGACGAUGAUGAACUUUUAGAUGAUGAACCGGACUUUACUGAUCUUAAGAAAAAAGCUCUUAAGAACGCUAAGUCUCUUGCAUUCCUUGAAGAUGAUGAUUUAUUGGAUAACGACACCGUGAAGACACAACCUCAACCAAAAGUUAGACAAUCAAAAUCUUAUGCUCCUUUAUCACAACCCAGUCAUUACGAAGUCCCCAAAACCGCCACCAAACAGGUAGUCAAUCAAAACUUAGUACAGGCCAAAAAGAAAAACGAUGCAUAUGAUUUCCCUAUUGAUUUGAUGCCUCAAGCUAAGGCUGCUCCUAGAUCUAAUCCUAGGUACGCUCCAAGUCUGAGUAACUUAAAAUCAGGCCCUCCAUCAAUUGGUGCAUCUUCCUCGGGGAUCUCAAGUCAAUCUGGUCCAACUGGGCCUCCAAAAUCAACUCAUCAUGUUUCGGGACCCCCUUCAACAUCAUCAACAACUUCAGUCAACAACAUUUCUAAAGUUUCCUCAAGAUCACCAAGAUUGACGAAUACCAUUCCAAAACCUGUGGUACCAAAGAAAUCAUUCUUUGAGGAAUUACCUAUUGAAAUGCCUCCACCAGCUAAGAAACCUGCCCGUGCUAGUUCAUUUGCUUCAAACAAGAGCAUUAACAAUACGGUGAAUAAUUCACCCAACUUUUCAGCCAAAUCUCCUCAAUUGCAUAAACCUCCAGUAAAUCCAUAUGCUAAAGUUCAACCUGCUCAACCUCCAACUCAGGGUACUGGCUUCCAAUUCCCCCAAACAGGCCCUAUUCAAUCUACCAGUCCUGCUCCAGGUCCUCCUGUACCAGGUCCUCCUCCAAUGGGACAAGGGGUUCAACAUCUUCAACCAGGUAUGAACCAACCUAAUUCUCAACCAUUCCCAUCAAUGAAUCAAGGUAGAAAAAUAUCCAACCCUUCACCUAAUGUUUUAAACACUAACUUGGCUAAAGUUCCUUCUCAAACUAGUCCAUAUGUUCCAAACUCCGGUCCUUAUGCUCCUAGUAAUCAUUACAAGGCUCAUUCUCGUACCAGUUCAUUGAUUGGAGGUAAGGGGAAAGAAGUUAAUCCAUACGCUCCAGCUUUACCACCAGUUGCUCAAAAUAAUGGUCCAUCAAAUUCUGGUCCUCAAUCGAAUGGAGUAGCCAUCCCACCCGUAUCUGGACCUGCUCCAGGAAUGGCCACUGGUCCUAUACCUCCUCCAGGGAUGGCUUCAGGAACCUCAGCUCCACCUGGUUUAUCAACAGGACCAAUACCUCCACCGGGUUUAUCUGCCCAUCCAGUGGCUAAGUCUCAUCCAACACCAAACAGAGCAAGAGGUACCUCUAAUCCUAAAACGGGUAUUUAUGGUAGAGCUAGAGCUCAAUCAACCACCAAGGUUCAAAAUCCUGCAGCAUUAUUGAAGCGUCAGUUCCCUAUCUUCAACUGGGGUAAUCAUAAUGAAGCUUGUUAUUUGAUUCCAGCAAGUUUGACCAGUAACUAUCAUUCAGGAGUAGGUAAAGUUCAAGUCAAGCCCGUAGCUUCUUUUUUCACUGAAAAGAACAUUUUAACUCAAUUCCCUGGUCCUUUGAGUAAGAAUAAGAACAAGAAGAAGGAGGUUGAGAAGUGGUUAGAGAGUAACAUCCAAUACUUGAGUAACUUACCUAUGGGUAAAGAAGAUGAAAUACUUUUGAACCAAAUCUUAUUGUCAUUGACCAAAUUUGAUGGUGACCAUAAAUCAGCUGAGUUCCGUAAAGAAGUAUGUACUUGGAUGAACCCUCAUAUUAACUUCGAAAACUUCCAACCAGAGGCAAUGCCAUCUAUGGGAGUUUCACCAAAUGCUUCUAAGUUGGAUGCUUCUGGAACUAAUUAUGUUUUCCAAUUAAUGCAAGCAGGAAAAUUGGAAGAAGCUUUACAAUUUACUAUAUCUAAAGGAGACUGGGCUUUAGGGUUGAUGCUUGCAGCUUCAAUUGGAUCGGAAAAGUUCCAAUCAAUUGCUAGUGAUUAUGCAAGAAUAUCAUUCCCCUUCCAAAAAUCCAACAACAAAGUUCAUCACAUGAUGCCUAUGGUAUUGAAAGUCAUUGCAGGAAAUUACAAAAGUGUCAUUGACGAUUUUGUCAAUGUUCCAACUGAAGGAGAAUGGUUUUCGAUUCAUUGGAGAGAACUUGUGGGUUUGAUUCUUAUCAAUUGUAAUCCAUCAGGUUAUGUAUUUUUCUAUGAAUAUGGGAAAUACUUAAAGUCAAUUGGAAAUGCUGUAGGAUCAGAAAUCUGUUCUAUGUUAGCAGGAAGUCCAUUAUCAGUGUCAUCUUCCCCAAUGGAAGGAUUCUCAUAUGUUGGAACUUUCACUUCUUCAAUAAUUUAUUCUGAAAUUUAUGAAUUCAUUGUAUGCCACCUUUCAACAAAUCCAAAUCCUUCCUUCUUACAAGGGUUCUUACAUUUGUUACCUUUGAAGUUAAAACAUGCCCAAUUAUUGGCUGAUUAUGGAGCAGUGGGUGAAGCUCAAAAAUAUUGUGAUAAUAUAGGCAACACCAUCAAAACUACCGGUAACAAUCCAUAUUUUGAUGGCAAUGCACUUAAAGAAUUACAGAAAUUAGCAGUGAGAAUCAGUGAAAGUGAUAACAACGAAAGUGGAUGGUUCGGUUCGAAGAUAAGUAAAGUUAAUCUUGAUAAGAUGUGGGGACAAAUUGAUAAGUUUAUCGGUGGUGAAGAUGGUGCUACUAAGAAUGUUAAUGAAAAUGGAGUUUUCAGUAAAUUUAGUCCAUCAGUUUCAAGAGUUGGCUCAGUACUUGAUUUUACUGCCCCACCUAAUCAAAUUCAUCAACAGUUGAAUCAAAUUUCACCACAAGCUAGAUUUGAUAAUUCUAAAGAUCCAACGAUGCCAUCAUCAGCUCCUUCUUUCAAUAGUAAGUAUUCACCAAGAACAGGUUCUGGUUCAAACAACAUGAAAUUCCAACAACCUUUGGUUAGAACUCCAAUAUCUGAAAAUGUUGAUAAUAAUUCAUUAUUUGCUGUUUCCCCCAAUCCACAAGGUGCUAACUUUGGUAACCCUUAUGGGAAGUAUGCUCCAUCGAAUGGGUCUUCCCUGAAUUUGGAUCAACAUAUUCAACCAAUGCAACCCAUACAACCAAUAGCUCCAACAGGCUUUUCUCAACCUUCAAGUGUAUCUCAAGGUCUUGGCCAGCCUCCUGUACCUCAACCUCCUAAAGGAAAAUAUGCUCCUGGAAGAAGUAAAAAUCCUUAUCAAAAUCCUGCUGGUGCUCUCUCCAACCUGUCAAUCAAUUCCCAUCAACCAAUGGCAAGUUCUAAUUUGAAUCCAAACGUGACUGCUCAAACCCAUCAAAGAACUCCAUCUUCUUCAAGCAAUCAAUACGGUAAGAGAACCUCAGUUUCUAGUAUUGUUUCAACCGACAACUUCAUUAACCAAGAUCAAAUUAGGGGCCAUAACCACUCACCUUCAAUUCAAAGUGAUAUUAGUUUAGAUUACCCUCCGGAAUUCAAAGCUAGAGAAACAGAUUUCAAUAUUGACAAAUCAGAGAUAAGUUCUCCUAUCAGAAAACAUCCUAUCGAAAGUAUUGAAGAGAAGGACGAUUUGAAUGAGGCUACUUUACAACCUCCAUCGAUCAGUGAGUUCAAUCCAUCAAUAAAUUCUAACGAACCACUCCAAUCAUUACAGUCGGAAUCUGAGGCUGCUUCAGGUCCUCCUCCUGUUGCUGGCCCUCCUCCAGCUACUGGUAAUUCUCAGCCACCUACUUCAGGUGCUCCACCUAAAUCAGGUCCUCCUAUGGGUGCAGCAAGAUCAAAACCUGUUAGAAAUGCUUAUGCUCCAGGAGGGGCAAAAGGAAGACCUGCAACUACCAACAAGUACGGACCAUCCAAAUAUGCUGCUAAAGAAUCCAAACCCCUUGUCUUACCAGAAAUGUCUGGAGACAUGUUUGGAUUUGGAGGUUAUGAAGGAAGUAAGAAUAUGCCAAAACCACCUCCACAGGAAUCAAUUUCAGACUUACCCCAAAAGGAUAUCACCAGAAAUGAACCUGUCUCACCUACCAGUCCACCUUUACAAAUCAAUCCUCCACAAGGAGUACCAACUGAUGGUGGAUUGAAACAAUUAGAAGAUGAAGUGUCAAGAUUUGAAACCCCUAAAAUGUUCAAGGCUACAAAUGUUGAUGAAAGUUUCGAUGAUGGUGAAAUGAAUUCCAUGUUGGAAACACCUAAACCAAGAUUAGGUAAUGGCCCAUUGAUUUUGAAUAAUAAAUCUCCUACUAAUAAAGAAUCAAUGUUUUCACCUUACCAGUCUGAUACCAGAAGACCAUCUGCUUUUGGUAUUGAUAGUACUUUCAAUGAAUUUCCUAUCCCAGGAUCGCCAAUGUUAUCCACCAGAGCUAAUUCUGUCAUUAAUGGUGUUGGAGGGGGAUUAUUCUCAUCAAGAUUAUCCCAAUCUCAACAAUCAGCAAUGUAUCAACAGUAUGAAGUUCAAGAUGAUACUGUUCACGAUUACGUGCCAGUAGUUGAGGAAGAAGAGGAGGAAGAUGAAGAAGAGGAAGAACAAAAGAAGAAUAACAAACGUAAGACUGAACCACAAGAACAAAAGACCAAGACCGUUAGACAUCAACCUUCACGUGAUGGGUGGUUCAAAUGGUUGAAAAAAGAUGAUGGAACUCCAAGACCUACUCAAAUGCAUUUUGGUGAUUCUAACAAAUUAUAUUAUGAUGAAAAACAUAAGAGAUGGUUGAAUAAAGAUAUUCCAAUUGAAGAGCAAUUGAAGUCUAAUGCCCCUCCACCUCCACCCAAGGCUAAGAAGGAAGCCAUACCAGCCAAACCACCAGGUGCGGGAGGUCCUAUACCUAAUAGAACUCCAAGUGGAAUGCCAAUGGGUGUUUUCCAAAAUAAUGGAAACAAUGGCCCACCACUGAAUUUAGAAACUCCAUCUAAACCAGGUCCAGUUCCUCAACCUAAUUCCGAUAUACCACCAGUAGAAAGUGAGCAAACUAUUCCGAAUGUUCCAGUAUCCAAUGGUCCAACUGGUCCAACUGGUCCAACUGGUCCAACACUGGUCAACGUUCCAGAGGCUGCUAAACCUCCAAUGACUCCAAAAGGUCCAAGUUUAGCUAAUGCAGGCUUAGAUGAUUUAUUAUCAUUGGGUGGAUCCACAGCCAGUGUUAAUAGUAGAAAGGGAAGAAAAACUGGCCGUAGAGGUUACGUAAACGUUUUAGAACAAAAAAGUUAA